AUGUUGAAGGAAGUCUCAGAAGAAGAGGGAAUCAGACCCUCAGAAAAGGAGGCAGAAAUCCUGAAAGACAGUGUGGAAGAAGCUAAGCAGGAAAGUGGAAUGGAGCAAGCCAAAGAAUUGCAAAAGGAAGGCAUGCUGGGAACAUACCAACCAAAAGCACCAUUUCCUCAGAGGUUAGGAGGAGGUGAAAAAGGGAAAACAUAUUCAAGGUUCUUAGAGACAUUUAAGUCUCUCCACAUCAAUAUUCCCUUUCUUGAGAUUCUCCAGCAGAUGCCUACACAUAUCAAGUAUUUGAAGGAAUUGCUGAGCAAGAAAAGAGUUUUGAAGGGAGGACAGACUGUAAUAAUGAACAAAGAAUGCAGUGCACUCAUCAAGAAGGAUAUGGUCUCUAAGAAAACAGACCCAGGAAGUUUUCAUAUCCCCUGCAUCAUAGGGGAAACAAAAAUUGACAGAGGAUUCUAUGAUCUGGGAGCUAGCAUAAAUGUGAUGCCUCUGACUCUUAUGAGGAGGCUACAACUGAAUGAGGUGAGAUCCACUGAUGUAAUCGUACAAUUGGCUGACAAAACUCAAAAGCAAGCUGAUGGGGUAGUUGAGAAUGUGUUGGUGAAAGUGGGAAAUUAUUUUAUCCCCACAGACUUUGUCAUUUUGGACAUGGAGGAAAGCUACCUACACCCUAUCAUUUUGGGAAGGCCAUUUCUAGCCACUGCUAGAGCGCUCAUAGAUGUAGAACAAGGAGAGCUAAUUUUGAGAAUACAGGAUGAACAGCUCAUUUUCCAUGUUUCCAAACCUACAUCUGAGCCUGAACCAGAACCUGAAAAGCCUAAGGAUGAUUAUAGCCAUCUGUGUUUGGAGGAAAGCAAUCCAGCAGCUGAAACUCUAAAACAAUCCUUUGAAGGCAAACAAGAAGUGCAGGAGCUAAAGCCACAAGAAUCAAUAGAAACAGAUCAGCAGGGUCCUCCUAGCAUAAGGGUCAAUGAAGAAAUCCUCAAGAAAGAGGGAAUAAUUGUAAAGAAAUUGCCAAGGGGGUGGAGAAACAAGAAAAUUCCUACUGAAGGUUUCUCUCCGGGAGAUAAAGUAAUAUCAAGUCAUUAUUUGCCAAUUCCACCUGGCCUCAAACCCAUUCCUUCCCAACUCCCUCAAGUGUUCACAAUCAGGAGAGUUCUUUCAAUGGAACAUUUGGAAAUCAUGAAGGAAUCAAAUGGGGAUGUUUCCAUAAUAAGAGGAGAGGACAUCAAGCACUACAAUCCACCCUAA